AUGCCACCACCACCCGCCACCCCCUCGCCCCUGGACGAAGCAACACGCUGGUACAAUUCCCUCCCCCCCGUCACCCGGUUCCUCAUCACAGGCACGGUCCUGUUCUCGCUCGCCGCGGGGCUUGGCCUGUGUCGUCCGGGCCAACUCGUCUUUGACGGCGGAUUCAUCGUCAAGAGAUACCAGAUAUGGCGGCUGGUGACGUCCUUCUUCUGGCAGCCGCUGGGGCUCAAUUUCCUCAUGCAGGUGUAUUUCCUGUACCGGCACUCGCUGGAGCUCGAGCAGGGCCUGUUUGUCGGGCGGGCGGGGGACUAUGUCUUCUUCAUGGUGUUUGCAUUCUCGAUCAUCAACGUGGCGGCGUAUGUCUUGGACUUGGUGGUGUUGAGCGAGCCGCUGUUGUUGUGUGUGAUCUACGUGUGGGCGAUGCAUCAUGGGGAGGAGAUGGUGUCGUUUUUGUUUGGGGUGCGGUUUAAGGCGAUGUACCUCCCCUGGGUGCUCACCCUCCUGGACGUGCUGCAAGGCAACCCGUACCCCGUCGCCAAGCUCACGGGCAUCGCGGUCGGGUAUCUGUACUACUACCUCGAUCAGACGUACCCGCUGCAGAAUGGCGGGCAGAGGAUCUUGGUCACCCCGAGGAUUCUGCAGGAACAGUUUCCGUCCGCGGCCGCGGCGGGGGGUGUGGGCGGCGCGCCGGUGGGUGGCGGGCAUAGGGUUGUGCCGGGGGCCGGGGCGGGGCCGGCGAGGACGGCGGGAGAGGGGGUGACCAGACGGCAUGUGUGGGGGAGUGGGCAGCGGUUGGGGACCGAUUGA